CUUGUGAUGAUGUGACAUCACUAAUUUUAGUCAGUCGGUUCUUAACAGCUGAUUGCGGUGGGAGUGGGCUCUGAUUUUUUCGUGGGAAACUCUAAACCGUUUAGCUCGCUAGCCAGAAAUAGCAGGUGCAUGAUCAAUGGCCUCCAUAACGUCCACUCCAGCCACUUCAACAAGCCGGACAUCCCGUACGACAAGGCGGAGCACGGCCAGCACGCCCGGGAUAUCCCCGUCCAGCACGAGUCCAACACGCCUCACUCGCAUACAGGAGAAGGAAGAACUCAGGCAGCUGAAUGACCGUCUUGCCGCAUACAUAGAGCGUGCCCGGCAUCUGGAGAAUGACAAAUCCUCCAUGCUGAUCCUGCUGGAGGAGAAGGAAGAAUCGUCGACUAGAGAAUUGGGAAAAAUCCGGCUACUGUAUGAAAACGAACUCGCCGACGCUAGAAAGAUACUGGACACUACGGCCAACGAGAGGGCUAGGCUACAAAUAGAACUGUCCCAACUCUCAGAAGAUCACCGACAACUACAAACAAGGAAUAGUAAGAAAGAGUCCGAGCUGGCCACGGCAGUGGGGCGUUGGAGAAACCUUGAAGCUGUGCUGAACUCCAAAGAGGCAGAGUUUGCUAACUUGCUGGCGGGAAACCGGGGACUGGAAAAUGAAAUCGCAGAGCUCAAAGCCCAGGUUUCCAAUCUGGAGCUGGCCUUACAGGAUGCUAAGACUCAGCUCCACGCAGAGAUGCUGCGAAGGGUGGACAUGGAGAACCAGGUGCAAACCCUCCGGGAGCAGUUGGAAUUCCACAGACACAUCAGUGAGCAGGAGGUCAGGGAGAUGCGGAGCCGGCACGAGAGCAGGCUGGUGGAGGUGGACUCGGGGCGGCAGAAGGAGUUCGAGAGCAAGCUGGCCGAGGCCAUGCAGCAGCUCAGGCAGGAGCACGAAGGUCACAUCCAGCAGUACAAAGAGGAGCUGGAGAGGACCUACAGUGCCAGAUUAGAAAAUGCACAGUAUUCAGCGGCCAAGAAUAGCGACCUGGCCAGUUCAACCAGGGAAGAGCUUGCUGGGACCAAGCUGCGACUGGAGAACAUGUCUUCUCAAAUCAGCUAUUUCCAGAAGCAGAGCAGCGACCUGGAGGCUCGGGUUCGGGAGCUGGAGGCCACGCUGGACCGGGAGAGGGAGGCCGGCCAGCGGCGGCUGACCGAGAAGGAGAGGGAGAUGGCCAACAUGAGGCAGCAGAUGCAGGCCCAGCUGGAGGAGUACGAGAACCUGCUGGACGUGAAGCUGGCCCUCGACAUGGAGAUCAACGCCUACCGGAAGAUGCUGGAAGGAGAAGAGCAGAGGCUGAACCUGUCCCCGAGCCCCUCCCAGCACGGGCCGGUGUCCCGCACGCACAUGCACGCUGGCAGGAGACAGAAGGGGAAGAAACGCAAGCUGGAGGGGCGGGCCAGCCUGUCGCCAGGUUACAAGAUCUCCCAGCAUGCCUCAGCACACGGGAGUGUGUCCAUUGACGAGAUUGACCUCGAAGGGAACUACAUCAAGCUUAGGAAUAACUCUGAGAUGGACCAGUCUUUGGGUGGGUGGGUCUUGAGAAAGAGCCACAGGACCAUGCCCGAGGUGUCCUUUCAGAUCCCCGCCUCUUACGUCCUGAGAGGAGGACAGACGCUAACUAUUUGGGGGGCCGGUGCUGGGGUUGAACCGAAACCCCCCACUGAUUUGGUGCUGAAGACCCAGAGGAACUGGGGAAUGGUUGACGAUGUAAGGGUUGUCCUGGUGACCCCUCAUAACGAGGAGACGGCAGAGCGGAGGCUGGUGCGUGUGCAGAGGGGGGCUGAGGGGGAGUCUGACGUGGAGCUGGAGGAAGAGGACGUCGGCGGCGGCAGCAGCGAGCUGCAUCUCCGGCGGCAGGGGCGGACCGCGGAGGAGGCCAGCUGCGCCGUUAUGUAAUCACGUUCAUUUCGACCCCGGGAGCCCCAAACGUGACCGCGCUGUGAUCGGAGAGGCCCCACGUCCCUUUCAGAGAGCCAUUUUCUCAGACGGAACUCAGUUGAUGACAGAAAAAGAGACCACUUCAACGACUCAUUUCACAGACGGGCUCUGUGGAAGUUCCAUAUUCAGAGCAUUUAAAGUAACAUGUAAACAGUGUAACUAUAAGAAACUUUUCAUCAUCAAUGUCAUUCCAUUAAUAUUUUGGUUAUAUGGUUGGUUAUAUUUUUGUAGUGCAUUGUUAACAGGAAAUUGAUAGUCAUUUGAAUAGCGGGGUUUGCCUGUCUGUCACAGGCUCCCAUAAUGAGUAAUAUCACAGAGGUUUGUACUGGGCUACCACUUUCUCUGUCCCCAGUCAACCUCUACAGAGUCACAUGACCUACGUAAGGUUCUUUAAACUUUAACAGUCAGCGCUGUGACAUCAAACCUGUGACCAAGAGACUUCUACAAAGUCUUUGCAUCAGCAUGAUAUUUAAAAUUCUUAUUGGAAGAUCUGGAGUAGGAUAAAACUUAAGUGUUAAAUUGUAUGGGUGAUAGUAGAAUAGAUAUUUCUAAAUAUAUUUACUUUUGAUUAAAAAAAUAUUUUAUAAAUAAGCUACGACCCACUUGUCAUGAUGGCAAGGGUGCUGAAAAUUUGUGAAGAUAACCUGAAAAUCUAGUUAUACCUGCCUUUUGGAUUGGAAUCUGAACAUUAAGAAAAGCAACAAAUAUUAAAAACACAACAAAUUUGGCAACAGUGAGGGCAUAUGAAUAGGGUAGAGCUCGUACAUGGGGAUUUAUUCACUUUCUUUUCUGGUGUUCGUCUGUGUUCUGGGACCAUGAGAAUUACACAUACUUGAAAAUUAAUGAAAAUUCUUGUGAAAGCGGUGUACCUGUGUUGAGACACCGCUUGAGACACCAGAACUGAGCAUGUGCAACUUCUCUAAUCUGAAACUCUUCUCUAUAGUAUGCUUUCAAUAUAGGACUAAGUUUCUGAGAUGAGUAAAUAAAAUUUAAAAAAUUGUAUUCCUUUUAAGUAACAAAAAAGGUAAUGCUAGUGUGAACAUCCCAUUGACAUUUUCAAGAAUCUGUCCCGUGUAUAAUUUGAAAUCUAUGGCAGGUUAGGUCUGUAAUGAAUAAGUUCUAAGCUUCAAGUGAAUAUUAUUUUGAUUACGAAGAGAGAUGUUAUUUUGAGGUACUUGCAUUAAUUAUUGUCUGUGCCUUAUUCAGAUGGAAAUUAAAUAAUUAAAUUGUAAAUGAUUUCCCUGUUGAAACAAAGACAAGUUUGACACGGUUAAAUUGGAUUUAGUUCAAGAAACAUACCCAAGCAAUGUAAUGAGCACUUGUCUAAUCACCAAAGAAAAACAUUGAAGUAAUGGAAGUAUUUGUAAUAAUAUUAGUUUUCAUUAUAGACAUUCUGCUUUCUGACUUAUUUAAUCAUAUCUUGAAUAUAAUUUGCUCAGGUCUCCCUCCCCAUCCAUAAUUAUCCAUGUAGUUAAGUUUCUCACACUGCUUGACGAAGGCAUUGUUCUUUUUCCCCUUUGGCUUUAUUAAAAUUAUUUGCAAUAAUCUGUAAAAGACAAACGUGAAAAUAUUGGAAAGGCCUCUUAUAGUCUGUUGUUUUGAAAAAGGACAAGGAUAUAACCUUGCUGUAGAAAUCACAGAUGUCUUCAGUUAUUUAUUGAAUGUGUAUUGCAACAGAAUGUAUUCUACAGUAUUUUGUAAAACUUCAAUAAAGAUUUUUACUGAACUGA